ACUUCUCUCGACUCCUUCCCCUUGGUGAGCUUGGUUUACGACCAUCACAAAAGAUGUCUUCCUGCCAAGACCUGUGUUACCGACCCAGCUCAUGUUAUCCUGACAUAUGCCCAGAUCCAUGUGUUGUUGCCCGCAAUGAGCCUUGUGUCACCUUGUGCGGAGAUUCGACAGCAGUGGUCUAUCCACCACCAGUUUCCGUGCUAUUCCCAGGACCAAUUCUCUCUAGCUGCCCACAACAGAGCUUAGUGGGAAGCAGCUUACCAGCUCUACCCUAUGGAGCUGGGGGUGUAUCUGGGGGUGGUAUUUUGGGUGGCUCAAUUGGUUAUGGUGGAGUUUACGGUGGUGCAUACGGGGGUGGAUAUGGAGGUGGUUUAGGGGGCUCAUAUGGGUACGGUGGUGGAUAUGGGGGUGGCUAUGGGGGCUUAUGUGGGUAUGGGAAGAGAUACAGUAGCAGGUGCUAUUCUUCCCGCCGUGGAAGCUGUGGCCCAUGUUAAACCCAGAAGAAAGUUCCACAGAAGAAGAAACAACCAGGAAAUGAAAGAGAAGAGAAAGAUUCACCACUCAGCUACAACACUACUCAAAUCAGUGUGGGUUUUGGUUGUUCGUUGCCUGUAUAAAUCAGGCCUAUCUAUGCUUUCCUCUUGUUACCUGUUACCUUAGCUUCAUGGUCUAUAUUGUUCUGCAGCUUAGUCUUAUGCUCAUAUUGGGCUUUUGUCCCAUUUGAUGCUGAGGAGAAAAAAAAGGGUUUAAGACAGGACAUGACUGGCAAACUCUACAACUUCAAGAAAGAAAGCAGAAUACCUUGUGCGAAAUCCAUCACCAUGGACCGGUGAUUGGUUGUAGCUCUUUUUGUAACCCUGAAAAUAUAUUCUUUGUAUUCUGCAUUACUUCAUUCUGUGAGUGUAAACUGCACUGCUCAUUCCCAUUAAAAAUUAUACUGCA